CGUUCGGAGCUGUACCGCGCCGUUCACGUAUGGCUUCCCGUCGUAGAUAGAUCCGGUUUUUGAAUUUUUCACAUGGCGAUCACUCCCCGGUAUAAGUACUACUACGAGUCUACAACUUUCCUACUGCGUAGUAAUUAGCCUUUUGAAAUGGCCCAAGCAGGUACACGCUCCACGGCCGGGCGUCCCUUGAUUAGUUUGAGCAGAGAGUACCGCAUGGUUAGUUGCAUUUUACUGAUCUGAGCACAAAUUACCGCUUGAACAAUUUCUUUUACAGUUAUGUAGCACUAGCACCUUGCAUGAGCAAUGGCUUUGUUCUUCUUUGCAUCUUGCACAAAGCGUCCAUGUGUUAGAAGUUGAUAGCCUGCCGUCUCUGAUCGGUGCCCCUGCUGCACUGCCUUUCCCUAAUCUGGUCCGUCGGAUGCUCCAUCCAACGGCUGUGCGGACAUAGUGCCAGGCCCAGAAAUGCCCCUCCGGCAGCUCCCUGCCAGCUUCCUUUUCCAAGGCGCUGCAAGCCUGCAAAGCUGCAAGCCAUGCCAUGGCAGCAGCGCACUGCACUGCCAUGGUAGUACUCCCACUAUUCCCUCCCGCAGAAACGCAGAGCUGCACCGGGCUCAGGCCGAAAAUUCCCUUCUUCCCCCCCUAUUCAGCUGCUGUCACGCCGGCCUGCCCUGCCCUGCUCUGCCCGGCGCACGCACACGCGCUCUGCCGCUGCACGGCGCGUCAGUAACUCGCAGAAUCACAGCUUCCAUUUCAAAAGCAGAAGGUGAAAAUGGAAGCGCGCCACAGUCGCCGGCGUCAGUGCAUGCAUGCAUGCUCAUACCUGCAGCUGUACCGCCUCCGCCGCCUUCACUGCGGCCCCGGCGACGCGCAUGGGUUGCCCGCCCCCGCACUCAAUUCCCCCGCCUGCGCUUUCAGUUAAGGUACCUCCAGUACGUGCCCGGGUCCAUCCAUCGCCAUUAGUUUAGCUCCCCGUUGCCACGAUUAAUGGCGCCCCCGGCUAGCUUCCAAAGCCGAUUCAUUAGCUCGAUCCGGCCGUGCUGCACUUAAUUGGGGCUAUUUUUGAAUGUGCGCUGAGAUUUCAGCUUGCCGCGCAGCCAGCCGGUGCUCUUUGUUCGGCCGGAUAUACCCUGCUCCUAGUUCUAGCCGCCUCCUAUAAAUAUCGGGCGCCGCCGUGCAUCGUGCAUCGAUCGACCGCGAACAAUUCGAAUUACCCAUCUCCCGCCACGCGCACCCACCUCCCACUCCCACCUACGGGAAGCAAGCUUGUAAUCGGGGUAACGAACUGACGAUCGAUGGCCCGUUUAGUUAGAGAUGGCGGUCGUGGACGCGGAGUGGCGGCUCUGGAGGAAACGGCGCCGCCACUGCCUCUGCCUCCGCCGCCGCGCCUGGCGUCGGCGGCGCUGUCUUCCUCGUCACCGGCGUCCAUCCGUGCGCUCCUGUCGAGGACCGGUGGCGGGGCGGACUGCCAGCAGUCGCCGCGGUCGCUGCUGUCGCGCAUCCUGCUGCGCGGCGGCGAUCAUAACGGCGGGAACGGAGGAGGGUCGUUCGGGUGCCGGGUCAGGCUGCCCCGGCGGUACGGUAGUAGCAGCUCGUCCGUCGGCGAAAGUAACAGGGAGGAGAGGAAGGACGACGGCGCCGCCUCCGAGCAGUCGGCGGACGACGUCGGCUCCACCAGGGUCAAGGUCGUGCAGCGUGCGCCGGAGCUGCCCAUGGACACGCCCCGGAGCUCUCUAGGCAGGAAGAAACCGGAGGAGGAGGUGAUGUCCAUGAACCUUGGCCUGGGCGCGAGCCUGGUGCUGCUGCUCUCCAAGAGCGCGGUGGAGCUGAACAAGAUGGUGGAGCUCCGCGCACAGAUGGAGGCGCUCGUGUCGGAGAUCCGGCACGAGACCGUCGGGAAGGAGAAGCAAGGCGGCUCUGCUCCUGCCUAUGCUCCGGCCGCGUCGUCCUCCUCCUCCCAGGAGUCCACCGUGAUCAAGGACCCCAUCGCUCGCGCCGAGGACGCGCUGUCCGACAACUGCUCCGGCGCCCGGACCGCUGAUCGCCGCCAGCUUUCGGCCGCCGUCGUAGCGAUGGACCAUAACAAGAUGGAGGCCGAGCUACAGGUCGAGCUGAGCCGCAUGCAGGCGCAGCAACGCGCCAUGCACGCGCCCAUGCGAGGGCUCGAGGCACGUAACGUAACGCACGUACUGCCGCCGCUGCAGGUGAAGACGACGAGGAGCGCGCACGUGUCCGUCGCGACGACGUCGAGGAGCUGCGUCGUCGACCACGCGGCGCAAGUGAACGCCGACGAGGAGGAAGAGGAUCAGCACGAGGAGGACUACGAAGAGGACGAGGAGGAGGAGGAGGAUGAGGACGACGACGACGGUGGGGAGGUGGUGGACCGCGACAGGAGCCCCCCGCACGGCGGCGUGUCGGCGCGCGCGCUGGAGCGGCGGCUGCACGAGCUGCUGCAGCGGCGGCAGCAGGACCGCAUCGUGGAGCUGGAGGCGGCGCUGGACGGCGCGCAGCGGCGGCUCCAGGAGCGGGAGCGCGAGGUGGUGUGGUGGCGCGACGCCGCCAAGCUCGUCUCCCACCGCCGCGACGAGUCCCGCCGCCUCCGGUGCACCGCCUCCGAGGCAGUCCGAUAAGCACACGCACACGCGUGUGUCAGUUCUGGGUUCACGUGUGCGUGGCAGCUCGCUCGCUAGUAGCUAGUAAUGGCGGGUCAGCCGCCAUGUCAGGGUGGGCAGUUGGGGUUUGUGGCGGGAGAGGCGAGGUCUUGGGAUCACGCUGCGCGGAUGAGGCGGUGUUAAUAACAGCUCCCGAUGGAGCUCGGUUUGGCGCGCAAGCGCGCGCUCAGAGAUGGCGGGAAGGGAUGUAGGGGGCGUGUUUUGGCGGGAAAGGCGUGUGUGGUCUGCACUGUAAUAAAAGUUUUGUUUCAGCUGUCCUGCUGCCCGAUUGAUUGCUUGUUUUGUUC